CUGACGAUCGUAGGCCCGAGGCGCACCAGCAGCAGCUACCACCACCACCACCGCCACCGCCGUACACCUCAGCCUCCGCCGCCGCAGCCACGUCGCCCGUUAAACUUUUUGAAAAGAAAAAAACCGAAACGGACCGGCCCGAGCGCUGUCGCUGUAAUAAUAUUAUUAAUAUCGUUAUAUCCUCCGACGGCGGCCGUCCGGUGCCGAGUUCUUUCGUCGUUUUGUCGCCUUUCACAGUGUUUUUCUCGUUUUUCAUUUUAUCGCGAUUUGUUUUCUCGGCUUCCCGCACCACCCGCGAGAAGCGUAAACGACAACGACGACGACGACUGAACUUUCCGACGGUUGGUGUUGUCGCGGACGAAACGAUGUGGCGUUCGCCGGUCGUCGGUCUGUGCAACAGCAGUAGUCGCAGUUGACAUUUUGUAAACAUUUAUACUAUCUGCUCAAUACAUUUAAGUCAGUAAAUAACAAGUGAUACAAUGAGUUCAUUCAAUGAUAGGAAGUCAAUUCAAGAGGUGUCAUCACCAAUGACAAAUUUAGCUAAUUGUCUUGGAACAUCACUGACAGUCAGACGUAGACUAACUUUAUCCGAAUCCAGUGAAACUCCGAAAAAAUGUUAUGAUAACAUACUCCACGAUCACGAUAUAAACAGCUCAUCAAAUACCAGAUUAUUCAAAGGAAGUUCAAAAAUUAUUAAUGAUAGUCCUAUGAAAUGUUUGAUGCUUCAAAAAAUGAUAAAUAGUCCAGUUGAGAAGGAAAACACAACUAAAUGUGCCGAUGUAAUAGUUUCUAAAACAAUGUUAUCACCAUCUCAGUCAAGUCCAACAUUUUUGAUGCACAGUCGUAAUACAAGAGGUCGUCACCCGUUGGAAGAUCAUGAUCCAAAUUCACAAGACAGUGGUUUUUUUUCCGUGCUCUCUGAAGAUUCCAGAUCAUUAACCAGAUUCGAACCCAAAAAUGUAAUUGAAAAGAAAAAUUCUUCAUUGACUGUUUCUCGGUCAGAUUCAAUUGCUUGUCACAAAGAAAUCUCAGAAAUAGAUGAUCCAUUUGUAGACAAUGUUAAUUCUCCAGCAAGAUUGUCUCAAGAUUCACUUCCAACUGAAUUCAAUGCUUUGAUUGAUGGAGAUAUUUUUGCGUUACAUUCACCGGUAAUAAAACCUAUUGUAAGACGAAAAAAUUCUAAGUAUGCUUCAGAGACACCUCGAAAAAUUGAUUUAGUUAAAAACGCUGAUGUUGUGAAAAAACGUAAAUUAUUUAAUGAUUUUGAAUGUCCGUCAGAGUCAUCAAUUGUAUCCAAAAGGUUAAAACCUAAUGUUGAUCUUUCAAUGUCAUUUAAUUCUCCAAAAUUAGACACCGGAAAUACAUCUUUAACUGCUCCUGUAUCACAUAAAAAAACUACACUCUUUGACUAUGGAUUUUGCAAAAAUAGUGUUUCCAAGCUACAGAGAUCAUUUUCAACUAAUGAAGCGACUAUAAAAGCUGCAUUUGAGAAAGAGGAUAAUGGAUCAAAUUUAAUUGGUGACUUCAGUCAAUCAUUUAUAUUGCCUUUGUUAUCAUUUGCUCGUCAUGCAGAUCUCCGUAGCAUAUCUGCUGAUACAUUAGCUCAUUUAUUGGAAGGCUCAUUCGACGAUUGUAUUGACUCCUAUCUAAUUAUAGAUUGCCGAUAUCCUUACGAGUAUGAAGGUGGUCAUAUAAGAGGUGCAAUUAACAUAUUUACUAAAGAGCAACUAUUCAAAGAUUAUACCGAAAACAAGUUGGGUAAAAAAUCUCAUAAAACUGAUAAAAUUAAUGCAAAGAGAAAUGUUUUGAUAUUUCACUGUGAAUUUUCAUCAGAAAGAGGUCCAAGUCUGUCACGAUACCUGCGUAAUGCAGAUCGUCAAAAAAACAGUAUGUGCUACCCUUACUUGGACUAUCCAGAAAUGUACUUGCUCGAUGGUGGAUAUUGUAAGUUUUUCAGUCAACACAGUCACUUGUGUGUACCGUCUAGCUAUCGGUCAAUGUGUGAUCCGGCCCAUGCUUCAGAUCUAAGAAAGUUUAGGUCCAAAUCAAAAACAUGGAAUUGUCACAAUGAUGCUAUGCCAAGAUUGGCUGGGAAAAACACGCUCAAACGAUUGGGUUUUAAUUAAUUGCUUUAUGUAUUCUUUCAUGUAAAUAAGUUGAUAUUUUUUUUUUUUUACUGAUUAUUUUUUUUUUUGCGUUUUAAUUUUAAUUUUUUUUUUACCAUUUAACCAAUUUUUUUCUAUUUUAAAACUGAUGUGUUAAGUAUUAAUUUAGAUCCCAGUGCAAUUUUGUAUAACUUUUGUGAUGCUAUAUAAUAGUAAAAGCACUGCUAGCUAAGUUUCCAAAAAAGAACAUUUAAUCGUCAGCUUUAGUGGUUUUAAUUAUUUUAUAUAAAUAGAUAGAUCGUUAAUAUAAAAUCAAAUGCAUAUAGUUUAUUAUGUACG